UUCAGGGUCUCCCAAGUCUGCAGUAUCUCAUAUUGGAGGGAUAUCAGUAUGGUGAAGCACGAGAGUGCUGUCAUGCCUCGGGGUCCUGUUGUUCAUGCUGGCGGUGCUGCUCCACAACCUGGCUGGUCACUACCUCCUCCCCCUCUACCACAUCACCCUGGGCUGGCUGUCUGAGGCCAUGCGCUCCAACAGCAGACGGCGCUACCACUAUGAUGCGUUCGUGUCCUACAGCGGAAAGGACGAGCGCUGGGUGGUGGAGGAGCUGCUGCCCAACCUGGAGCAGAGAGGACCUCCUUUCCUGCGCCUCUGUCUGCACAGCAGGGACUUCCAGCUGGGGAAGGACAUCGUGGAGAACAUCACAGAGAGCCUCUACCGGAGCCGUCACACCCUCUGCCUGGUCAGCCGCCACUACCUCCACAGCAACUGGUGCUCCCUGGAGAUGAGGCUGGCCACCUGCCGUCUGCAGGCCGAGCACAGGGACGUGCUCAUCCUGGUCUUCCUGGAGAAGAUCUCCCUUCGCCGGCUGUCCGUCCAUCACAGGCUGGCACGGCUGGUAAAGACUAGGACCUAUCUAGACUGGCCCCAGGAACCAGGUCAGCAAGAGGCCUUCUGGGUCAAACUGUGGACUAAACUGAAACCUCCAACCCAAGACUGACAUUUCCAGGGUUACUUUUCAAAUCAACUACUGUUUUGGGGGUUAGGGGGUUGGGUUAGUGUUAGGGAUGAGGGCAACAAGCAGGGUAUUACAUUGGUAGGAUAUUAGCUAGGUCCUACAUUUGUCGUGAUUUUAUAUCACGUUGUUUGAAAAACACAACUUUUAUGACCCUGACACUAACCCUUUCCCAGAUCAAGUUUGUGACAAUAAUUUUUUGUUUUGUUUUACAGCCUUAAGAUUUCGGACUGAACUCUGAUUAGUCCUGUGUUUUGCAUUGUUGCUUUUACAUGUAUUGUUAAGUGAUUGUUGUUAUUAAUUGAAUUGCUGCUUCCUGCUCGAUAUAU